AGGCUUAGCAGUGAUGAAAGGUCACGCUUAUUCCCUUAUUUUUGUGUUGGCCUUAAUCACCCUCCUCCGCUACACCACAGCGGCUACUGCGGCCGCUAGCCGCCAACAUCGAUACCAACGCCUCAAAGACAAGAUCCGUAACUUGCCAGGGCAACCAUCAAAUGCGACAUUUAAUCAGUAUUCAGGAUACGUUACGGUUGAUAAGAAGCUAGGACGAGCCCUAUUCUAUUGGUUGAUCGAGGCCAGUGAUGGCCCUGCGUCGACAAAACCUCUUGUUCUUUGGCUCAACGGCGGCCCAGGGUGCUCCUCAAUAGCCUAUGGAGCUUUCGAGGAAGUGGGACCCUUUCGGGUGAAUCCCGAUGGGAAAACUCUUUCCUUAAAUCCAUAUGCUUGGAGCAAAGAAGCGAACAUGCUUUUCAUCGAUUCGCCGGCUGGGGUUGGUUUUUCGUAUACAAAUACUUCUUUCGAUCAAAUCACUGGCGAUCAGAGAACAGCGAGAGAUGCCUAUGCAUUUCUAGUUAAAUGGCUUCUGAGAUUUCCUCAAUAUAAACAUAGACCAUUUUACAUUGCUGGAGAAAGUUAUGCAGGUCAUUACGUUCCUCAACUAUCUCAGAUCAUAGUCAGAUUAAACAAAGGUGUCAAGAAUCCUGAAAUAAACUUCAAAGGUUUCUUGUUGGGGAACCCGUUACUCGACGAUUACUAUGAUAAUAUUGGGACAUUCGAGUUCUGGUGGAACCAUGGGUUGAUAUCUGACACCACGUACCAGAUAUUAAAUGAGUCGUGUCCAUACGACUCUUUCUUGUUUCCAAGUGGAGACUGUUACAAAUAUUUGCUACGAGCUUAUUCUGAAUUCGGUGACAUCAACUUUUAUGGGAUUUAUGACCCUCCUUGUCAUGAACUAGGCACCACGCUACCUUUGCCAUGGAUGUUUAGAGGGAACAAUAAUUGCGUUAUAAAGUAUACAAAAAUGUACAUGAACAGGCCAGAUGUACAAAAGGCUCUUCAUGCUAAUGUUACACGAUUGCCUUAUUCUUGGAUCACAUGCAGCGAUAUCGUUAGGGGAAGUUGGACGGAUUCACCCCGGACAAUGCUUCCAAUUUUCAAGGAACUCAUCAAGGCCGGUAUUCGGAUAUGGGUAUUUAGUGGUGACACCGAUGCUGUACUGCCAUUGACGGGUACCCGUUACUCUAUCAAAGCUUUGAAAUUGAAAACCCUAGAUGACUGGCAUGCCUGGUAUGACAAGGAAAAGGUUGGUGGAUGGAGUCAAGUAUACGAGGGGAUGACAUAUUUGACAGUGAAAGGGGCAGGUCAUGAGGUUCCAAUGGAUACCCCAAAGCUGGCGCUUACAGUAUUUGCGCAUUUCUUGAAGAGCAUUUCCUUACCAUCUUCUGCUCACUAAAUGUUAUAUAAUUUAGCAUCUUAUAUUUAUUUGCUUAUUUGGAUUUCCUAUUAUCGUAAUAUUCAUCGUGACAUAUUUGCAUGGAAAAUCGAUUUGGGUGUAUUAUUUAUAUCUUGUUUUAUUGGACAAAGUUCAUUGAGGUUAAUUUCAUUUAUGAUUACUGUAAAAUCUCGAUUCAUGAUA